CCGGCUACGGGGCUGGCGACCCGGCUGCAGAGAGGCCCUUGAGUCGCUGGGACCCGGUCGGAGAGUCGGUGCGCGCGCUGAGCUGACCGCUCCCGCGGCCGCGCUGCUCGCUCGCGGCGACGUCACGCCGAACUCACCAGAAUGACUGAGCUGAGGCAGAGGGCUGUCCGCGAGCCCGAUACCCCGCCGGAGGACAAGGAGUCAGAAUCAGAAGCAAAGGUAGAUGGAGAGACUGCAUCAGACAGUGAGAGCAGAGUGGAACCUGCUCCCCUGCCAACCUCCGAUGAUACACCAGAGGUCCUCAACAGAGCCCUUUCCAACUUGUCCUCGAGAUGGAAGAACUGGUGGGUGAGAGGAAUCCUGACUUUGGCCAUGAUUGCAUUUUUCUUCAUCAUCAUUUACCUGGGACCAAUGGUUUUAAUGAUGAUUGUGAUGUGUGUUCAGAUAAAGUGUUUCCAUGAGAUAAUCACUAUUGGCUAUAAUGUGUACCACUCCUAUGACCUGCCCUGGUUCAGGACCCUCAGCUGGUAUUUUCUCCUGUGUGUAAACUAUUUCUUCUAUGGUGAGACAGUGACCGAUUACUUCUUCACUCUGGUUCAGAGAGAGGAGCCUUUGCGGAUUCUCAGCAAAUACCACCGGUUUAUUUCCUUUACCCUGUACCUGACAGGAUUCUGCAUGUUUGUACUGAGUCUGGUCAAGAAGCAUUAUCGACUGCAGUUCUACAUGUUUGGGUGGACGCAUGUGACAUUACUGAUAGUUGUAACCCAGUCACAUCUUGUUAUCCACAACCUGUUUGAAGGAAUGAUCUGGUUCAUUGUUCCUAUUUCUUGUGUCAUCUGUAAUGACAUCAUGGCCUAUAUGUUUGGGUUUUUCUUUGGCCGGACCCCACUCAUCAAGCUCUCUCCAAAGAAAACUUGGGAAGGCUUUAUCGGAGGCUUCUUUGCUACUGUGGUGUUUGGUCUUCUGCUCUCCUAUGUGAUGUCCGGAUACAGAUGCUUUGUCUGUCCUGUGGAGUACAACAAUGAUACCAACAGCUUCACUGUGGACUGUGAACCAUCUGAUCUGUUCCGUCUGCAGGAGUACAACAUUCCGGGGGUGAUCCAGUCUAUCAUUGGCUGGAAAACAGUCCGGAUGUAUCCCUUUCAGAUCCACAGCAUCGCCCUCUCCACGUUUGCUUCGCUCAUUGGCCCCUUUGGAGGUUUCUUUGCAAGUGGAUUCAAACGAGCCUUUAAAAUCAAAGAUUUUGCCAACACCAUUCCUGGCCACGGAGGCAUCAUGGAUCGCUUUGACUGUCAGUACUUGAUGGCUACAUUUGUGAACGUAUACAUUGCCAGUUUUAUCAGGGGCCCUAACCCAAGUAAACUGAUUCAGCAGUUCCUGACCUUGCGGCCAGAUCAGCAGCUGCACAUUUUUAACACACUCAAGUCCCACCUGACUGACAAGGGAAUUCUGACAUCUGCCAUCGAGGAUGAGUAGGGGCCACCCAGGGCCAGGAGGGCCAGAGAGCUAGAGCAGGACUGAGUGGGGGCCAGGUCUCCAAGACCAGCCCAGCUGCUGUGACUUCAACAAUGACAAGCUUCAACUCACUGUCUUUUUUUUUUUUUUCUUUUGGUAAAGUAUAUUUUUUAUUUGUGAGUUUAAAAGAAUCUGUAUAUAUGGUCUGUUUGUCAUUUGGGUUGUGAGUAAACUGAGUUGAAAGAAGUCACAGGGAUAGAAGAACUAUUUGUGUUUUUACAACAUCAGUAUUAAGUAGCAGGGAAGAGAGUAACACACCAGCUCAGGAUGUUUGUCUGGUGGUUCUUGCCUAUCCCCCUCAAUCAAGCUAUUUAUUUCUGGGCUGUGUGAGAGAGUGGACAUCAUCUUUGUGUGACUGGUUCAGAGGGUUUCCUCACCUGGGCUGGAGUGCAUGGAUGUUUGCCUCUGCUGUGUUGGACACCUUUCACUGGGGCUUCUUCAGCUCUGUCUCCCUGGGAGCUAUGGAGAGCUGUCUUCUGUGGGUCUGAGGGACAGCUUGAUCAGGUGAGCAUUCUAGUCACAUUGAGAUCCUGCCCGAGGCCACAUGGUAUGGUCUCACCUUCAUGAACUGGAAGAAGGGUUCAAAUUCUACUGUUUUCAGGGAGUAAGAAAACUAUUUACAAUAGUCUAGAGAAAAACCCUACUGUAAUAGUGUGGGGUAUGCAGUGGAAUGUACUGUAACUGAGCCCUAGCCCCUAUGCUCCCAUGGCUCUUGGAGGGUGGCGCAGCAGACUGUAUCUUUUCAGGGAUAAGGCUGUUCAUGUUUAUGCUGUAGGCUUGCUGCUGUUGAAUCCUUCCUGGAGACUUCUCCUGGGAGGCAGGGAACAGAGGGCUUUUUGUUCAUACUUUUUGCCUGAAUGCCCAUGUCGCUGCUGUGUUGUGUGCUUAGUACUCUUGAGGUAAGUGUAUGUAUGUGUGUUUGUUUUAAGUCACUUGUUUCUUAUGGUGAUUUCAGUUGUACCAUGACUUCUUCAUAGAAUUAAAAUUGUGGCAAACCCAACAUAAUGAGAGGCUUGGCUGUUCUGAAGAUUAAAUGUACAGUUUUUACAUAAUCUGACAAGUUUAAAGUGUAGUUUGUAUUUUACUGGGGACCUGCUGUUUGUAUAAACUGUGAUUCAUUCAUUCCUGAUCUUAUAGAUUGACAUUGACUUGGGAAGAGCACAGGCGAGAGAACAUGGCUCAAGCAUGCUAAAUUAUCCCAUGUCAUGGUGGUUUCCCUUGCCAACGAGGGCCUGAAGACUUGCUUCGGCACCUUGCUCUGUAAUGUUUUGUUUCCAAGUUGGCCUCACUGCCUCCCUGAGAGCUCACUGUUGUCCGUUGAGCGUUGUUGAGCAGUCAGAGCCCUGGCAGUGUCUCGGUUCACAUGUUCCUCUCUGGCCUUUCGCCAGGGCACAGCAUUGCAACAGCUUCUCUGUGAACUUUUACCUCCAUCUCCGCUUUGAGGCUUUCCUGUUUCAGGUCCAAGUGCCCCUUAAAAGAAAGAGUUACUGUCAGAGGUUUCAGUUUUGGCUGUGUGGCUCUGAGUAGGAAGCAUUGCUCUCAAGGCUCAUCUUCUGACCUGUCUCCUAAGCCCACUAAUUCUGUGAGUCUGCAAAGAAGCUCAUACCACCAGUGGCUCUUGAGCCAUGUCCUGGAUACCUGGAAUGAAGUGCACUCAGGCACUUGCCAAAUGCUGCCCAAGAUGAGCCCAUGGUGACUAGGAGUGAGACUGCAGCUUUCUGACGGAAGAAUGCCUUCUGAUAGAAGGACACCUCAUUUCUCUCACAUUGUCCAUUGUGGGUAUUUGGUGGGGUUCUUGAGCACAGGCCUUUUAGUUGGGGAGCUGGGGCUUAUAGAAUCCUUCGUGGGUGAAUUUGGCAGAAACAGCUGAGGCUGGUGUUUCUGUGUGAGUCUUGAUGGUGUGGGUGGAAAACCAAAAUGGGUGCACACUAGAGUUGUCAGCAGGAGGCCAAAGGCACAGCUUGGGUUUAAUUUUUUCUGGUAGAAACUAAGAGGAGGAAUUUCCCAGUCAAGUAACCAGGAGAGCAACGCCACCUUGUGGCUAUGUAGCGCACUGUUUCUGUGUUCCAUUUUGACAGGAUUGCAGGAUCUUAACAUGCACCAUGCUGAUCUUAAUUGUGUUCAUACCUUGCUUAAGACCCGGUUUGGUUUUGUUGGAAAUAAAAUGACUAAAUCUUUGUGCCCUCCCUCA